UGGAGUUGUGACGCCUUGAUGAAAUUUCAGAUUUCCAGAUUCCACAAGCACAAAACUUGGAAAGUUGCAGACUAAAUUAGGCUACUCAGUACUCAGUUACUAAUUUAAAUUUUCUGAUUUUCUAAUUCUGUUUUAUUUUACUGUGCAAACAGUUUUUGUUAAGGAUACAUUUUUGCGGAUGAGAAGAAAGGAGCGUCUUUUAAAGCCCUUCAGAGGACAUCCUUAUUUCUGGAAUUAUUAGAUAGUAAGCAAUUGAUGAUUAUGAGAUAUAUCUCAAAGAUAUUCCACUCCAUCAGAACGCUCAAUAUUCCAAACAAGAGGUCUAUUGUUCACAAUCUCAAAAGAAGCAAUAAUAUUGUAAAUAUGAAGAUCACCUACCCUCCAGCGCGAAUCGACUCUGCUGUGGAUUCUUAUAAUGGAGUUCAGGUAACUGAUCCGUAUCGUUGGCUGGAAGAUCCAGACAGCGAGGAAACGAAGAAUUAUGUGGAUGCUCAGAAUGCCAUCACUAGGCCGUUCUUGGAGUCAUGCGAAGAGCGCACCAAGAUUAACUCUAGACUCACUGAGCUCUGGAACUAUCCGAAAUACUCUUGCCCCUACCGACAUGGCGAUAAAUAUUUCUACUACAUGAAUACUGGACUACAGAAUCAAAGUGUUUUGUACGUGCAAGACAGUUUGACCGCAGAAGCAAAGGUUUUCUUGGACCCAAACACUCUCUCUGAGGACGGGACAGUUGCAUUAACUGGCACUCAGUUCUCAGAAAAUGAGAAAAUCGUUGCUUACACUCUUAGUCAGAGUGGGUCUGAUUGGAAGACUAUUCAUUUCAAAGAUGUUGAUACGGGUAAAGAUUAUGAUGAAGUCUUGGAGAAAGUCAAGUGCUCAAGUAUGACUUGGACUCAUGAUAAUAAAGGUAUUUUCUAUGGGAGAUACCCUGAUCAAAUUGGAAAAGCUGAUGGAUCAGAGACAGACUGCAAUAAGAACCAGAAGCUUUAUUACCAUAGAAUUGGAACACCUCAGUCCGAAGAUGUGCUAGUAGUAGAAUUUCCUGAAGAACCUAAUUUCAUCAUAGGAGCUGAAGUGAGCGACUGUGGAAGGUGGCUGAUUCUGUUUCCGUGCAAGGACUGCAAGGAUCAGCUGUUGUACUUCUCAGACCUGCAUGCGAUACCCGAUGGCCAAAUUAACGGCAAACUCAAACUUGUUCAGGUUGUUCACCAGCUGGAAGCCAACUUUGAUUACAUCACCAAUGAUGGACCUCAAUUCUUAUUCAGAACCAACAAGGGCGCACCCAACUACAGAUUAGUGAAAAUUGAUUUUGAAAAUCCCGCCGAAGAAAAUUGGACGACUGCCAUUGAAGAGCAUUCGAACGAUGUACUCGACUGGGCUGCAGCUGUCAACCAAAAUCAGUUGGUGCUCUGUUACAUUCAUGAUGUCAAGAAUGUCCUUCAAUUGCACGAUCUGAGUUCCGGAAAACUUUUGAAAUCAUUUCCGUUGGAGAUGGGCUGCAUUUCUGGCUACUCAGGCAAAAGAAAAUACUCGGACAUUUUCUAUCAAUUCACCUCGUUUCUCACACCUGGAAUUAUUUACCAUUGCGAUCUCACUAAAUCGGAACUGGAGCCAAAAAUUUUCCGAGAGAUAAAAGUGCCUGGAUUUGAUUCAUCAAACUGUGAAGCGAAACAAGUAUUCUAUACCAGUAAAGAUGGCACGAGAAUACCCAUGUUCAUUGUUCAUAAGAAGGGAAUUUCUCUUGACGGGAAAAAUCCAACUCUGCUGUACGGAUAUGGAGGAUUCAAUAUUAGUGUGCAGCCUUCCUUUAGCAUCACGCGGGUUGUAUUCAUCCAGCAUUUAAAUGGCAUCUUAGCUGUAGCCAACCUCAGAGGUGGUGGAGAGUACGGACAGCGAUGGCACGACGCGGGUCGUCUGAUGAACAGACAAAACGUGUUCGAUGACUUCCAGGCGGCCGGUGAAUACCUGAUUAAGGAGAAGUACACGUCACCCGAUCACCUGGCCAUCCACGGCAGCUCCAAUGGUGGACUCCUCACAGCCGCUUGCAGCAACCAGAGGCCCGAUCUGUUUCGUGUAGCCAUCAUUCAGUGCGGUGUGUUGGACAUGCUGAGAUACCACUUGUUCACGAUCGGAUGCAUGUGGGUGUCGGACUAUGGAUGUUCGGACCAACCCAAGCAGUUUGAGAAUUUGUACAAAUUUUCACCUCUCCACAACGUCAAGGAACCGGCUGGAGAUGUUCAGUAUCCGGCGAUUCUGGUUACUACAGCCAGCCAUGAUGACAGAGUAGUGCCUUUGCAUUCGUUGAAGUUCAUCGCCACACUGCAAGAUAAGAUCGGAAGCAGUUCCAAACAAACUAACCCUCUACUCAUCAGAAUUGAAACAAAGGCUGGUCAUGGAAGCGGAAAACCUACUACGAAAGUGAUUGAUGAGCAUACAGAUAUCUUGUGCUUUCUGGUGAGAAACUUAGGUCUGAAAUAUCACGAUUGAAACUGAGCAGCUUACUUCCACUUUGAAGAGAUUAUUUUAAAGAAAUUCAAGAAAGGAAUUUCAUUGUCUAUUCAUGGACUGCCAAUAUAUUCAAACACAUUUUUAUCUUGAAAUACUAUUAAUCCACCAAUAAUGAUUGACAGUUUAGGUUUCAUUCGAAAUUAUUUUCAAUACUAAUUCUUGUGAAGUUCAUGAUAUUAUAACUCUGUGAUAAUCAUACUUAUUUCUGUCCAACAAAAUAUCCUCAGGGUUGAACCUCAUGAAGUAUUGUGCUAGUAGUAAGUUGCUAAACCAAGAGUUACUUAUUGUAAAACAUUGUUUUUGAUUAUUAACAAAUAAUGAUCCGUUCUAUAUAAUUUAUGUAUGUGCCAGAUUUAUUGUAUUUUUCAAUGCUCUAAUAAAUUUUGUAUUCCAAUAAAAUCCAAAA